AUGGCCGCGAGGGUCAAUGUACGGAACGACGAUGAGGUCAGGUCCUCUAUAAAGAAAGCCUACAACAUGUUUGGCAGGCUCGAUGGAGCAGCAAACGUUGCCGGCGUGGCUGGCGGAACCGGUGAUACCGUCAUUGAGACAAUUUCACAAGAGGACUGGGACCACACCAUCGGAGUCAAUCUCAACGGGGUCCUCAAUUUUAUGCGGGCUCAGUUACCGGUCUUGUCCAAACCUGGCGGGUCCAUAGUCAACGUUUCGAGCACGUCGGGACGCCGAGGUCUACCACAUAGCGCGGCAUACGCCAGCAGCAAAUUCGGAGUCAUCGGAUUGACGGAGUCGGCCGCCGGAGAGUACGCCAAGGCCGGCAUCCGAAUCAACAGCAUACUGCCAGGGCCGAUCGACACCAAGAUCUUUCGCGACGGCGAAGCCAAGGGACUUUUCGACGCGGAUGCUCUCUCUAAGGACACGCUGAUGCGCCGCAUGGGUCGCGCUGACGAGGUGGCAAAGGUCAUUUGCUUUCUUCUCAGUGAUGAGGCUUCCUUUGUGACUGGAGGUGAGCCUGAUGCCAAAGUUUCGUAA